AUGGGGGAGGCGGAUAGCACAUGGGACCGCCAAAGAAAGGAGUUCUUCUUUGACAGACACCCCGGGGUCUUCCAGAUGGUCAUGCAUUAUUACAGGACAGAGGAGCUUCACACCGACCAGAACUUCUGUGGAAACAUAAUUCAGGGGGAGCUGAUUUUCUGGGGCCUCACUGAGCUGGACAUCGAGCCGUGUUGCUGGGGCCACUACAGCAAGUACAAGGAGCACAAGGAAACCCUGGCCGCCCUGGAUGACAACUUCACACAACAGAACGACGAAGAGGCGUGGCAAGAAAAACUCACGGGAUUCAAGAGGUUUAAACACCGUGUCUGGCAGUUCAUGGAGGAGCCGUCAAUGUCACGUGGUGCAAAGAUUUAUGCAGUGGUAUCCAUGUUUUUUGUCGUGCUAUCUAUCGCCAUUUUCUGCAUGGAGACCUACCACUGGUUCCGCGUCCCCAUCCCUGGCGCCGUGGCCCACAAUGCCUCGGUGUAUCAGCACUACUGGUCCCCAACUAAGGACCACUGUGUUAAAGAGAUACACACACAGGGCAGGUACGCGUUUGGUGAGACAGAGCCACAUCCUGCGAUGACUUACCUUGACUAUAUGUGCGCCGUGUACUUCACAUUAGAAUUCGGCAUUCGGCUGUUUAUCGCUCCCAAGAAGUGGGUUUUUAUAAAAGGUCCGCUGAACGUAAUCGACUUCUUGUGUCUGGUUCCACAUCUGACAGCCAUCAUAUUGAAGCUAGCAGAUCCCUACGGGGCCUCCAAAGAGACCGGACAUUUGUUCCGUGCUUUCCUAGCGUUACGGACAGUACGAAUUCUCAGAAUAUUUAAACUGAUGAAACAUUACAGCGCUUUUAAAAUUCUCGUGUACACCAUAAAGGUCUCCACGAAAGAGCUGCUGUUGCUUGUUGUGUUCCUGUUUACCGGAGUGUUGAUCUUUGCAAGCAUGAUUUUCUAUGCUGAGCCGGAUGUGUUUGACAGUAUACCGGUGGGCUUCUGGUGGGCGCUGGUCACAAUGACGACAGUCGGUUACGGCGACAUUGUCCCCAAGACAGAGGGCGGGUAUCUCAUAGGUUGUGUAUGUGUACUUUGCGGCGUGCUGACGGUUGCUUUCACUGUGCCCAUAGUCGUUAAUAAUUUUACACUGUACUAUUCACACGCACAGAGUCGAAUUAAACUACCUGUGCAUAAAAGAAAAGAACUAAAAAGGAAGAUUUUCUUGAAAAAUCAAAAGUCAUUGGAGUUCCUGCAAAAGCUGAAGUGGAGACGCGAGAAAAAUAAAACAAAGACAGAUUUUAAUAAUAUAAAUAACGUGACCACACCACGUGACCCGCCUUGUGGCCAUGAGGCGACAGACGAGGUUAUAACAACGCCUCCUAAGAGACACAAUGUGACCAUGGUACUCGGAAACGGCAUUGCGGAACCAUCGGUUAUCUAUGACGUCCACAGCAAUCCGAAUUUGUCGCGGGAAUCGACCGACCUCGCGCCCGUGGAGACACCAGAAAAGAUCAAGACCGUAUCGGAGAGUAUUGACUUCUCUUUGAUCGACACCACGUCCUCGAGUCUCCCGGGAACGCCUUCUGACAUGAGCAUCAGUACGGAACAGCACAUCCAAGAAACGGAACAACUGCUAAGCAACAUCGCCGACGCCGACAGACGCCGUAAGGAAGAACGUAAACGUCAGCUUGACCAAAUAAAUCAACGUCGUGAAGCGAAACGUCAGCAGACCCAACAGACGCCAAGAGACGCUCGAACACGGCCCGGGGGAGGAGCUAGACGUGUAACCUAGCAACGGCCACAGUGUCUUAUAUAAAUACUUUUCUAUCAGCAAAGCGUACGGAAAAUGCUAGGAAUAUACCAACUUGUGUAAGAUUUGGUCUUUUAGUUUUUUUAGAUGUUAUAAACCAACAUUUCCAACUGAUAAAUAACUCAUUUUAAACCUGUUGAAGCGUGACAUGUUAGUAGGAACAUUAUGCUCGUGAGGACUAUGGACUAUCAUUUUUUUACAUGUAUAUUUAUUAAAAGUUUUAUUCGUUUUGCAAUCAUACUUCAAAUGUUAAAAAAUGUCGUUUUGUAUAAGCAACUACAAUUCUGUUAAAGCUUUUCUAUUGUCUCACGGUAAAUCUUUUGCACGAAUUGUGAACUUUUAUUUAAUUAACGUUUCCUUAUCAACAAUAUAAACUAUUUUGAGGACAUAUGUUUUACCCAUUUUUAAUAAAUAUCGUUAUAAUUUUAUAUGCUUUUUAUGCUUCAACACAUUUUUCGUCAAUAAUAUAUUAGCUA